AAUGGACCCUAAAUCGACAGCAUUCCAUCUUUAUAAAUAGACUCUAAUUAGAAAAAACACUAAACCUAUUGGACAAAUCUAUAGUUAUGAAUAAAAGGAUGUAAUUAUUUAGUUUUUAUUUGUGUAGAAAAUUGGUCAAGGAGCUUACGGUAGUGUGUACAAAGCUAUACAUAAAGUUAGUAAACAAGUUAGAGCAGUAAAAGUAAUAAACAAACUUAAUAUAAAAUACAAAGAAAGACUAUUAAGCGAGAUAACAAUUAUGGAGUUAUUGGUAAAAUAAUAUAUAUUAACAUUUAGGAUCAUCCUAGUAUUUUGAGAUUGUAUGAAACAUUUGAGGAUGCAGAGUACUUAUACAUGGUUUUGGAGUAUAUAUAUAUUUCUUAUAUAUAGAAUAUGCCAGGGAGGUGAUGUGUUUGACAAGGUUCUAGAAAAGGGAUGUCUACCAGUAGAAGAUGCUUUUAAAAUAUAUAUUUAAUAUAUGAGAGCUGUUAACUAUUAUUAAGGGUUUAAAAUCGUGCAUAGGUAAUAUAAACCAUAAUUAAAUAGAGAUUUAAAACCAGAAAAUUUUUUAUUUUAGAAAAAAAAUGAUUUAUCAUCUUUAACAUUGAUCGAUUUUGGUAUUGCUAAAAGAUGUGUAGACAAAUUAAAAACAAAAAGUGGCACAGUAAAUUUUAUUUAGAAGUUAGGCAUAUUAUGUUGCCCCUGAAGUUUUAGAUGGGUUAUAUGAUCAUAAAUGUGAUGUAUGGUCAGCUGGAGUUGUACUUUAUGUUAUUUUAUGUGGUUAUCCUCCAUUUUAUGGUGAAAAUGAAAAAGAAAUACUUACAGAAAUUAAAACUGGUUCAUUAUAAUUUGAUGGUAUUAAUUAAUUAAUUAAUUAAAUAGGUGAUGAAUGGUAAGGAAUAUCAUAAGAAAUUAAAGAUUUUAUUCGAUCUCAAGUCUGUCCUGCUGAAAAAAGAUUAUUACCAAAAGAUUUAUUAAGUCAUAAGGUUAUUACUCAAUACAAUUAAAAAUUUGUAUAAGAUAAUAAAUUAUUAUCUAUGAUUACACUCAAUUAAUGGGUUAAAUAUCAUCCUAUUAGAAGAUUAGCUCUCUUUUAUUUAGCAUCAUAACUUGAUUCAAGUGAGUUAGUAAAUUAGAAAAAUUGUUUUUUCUUUAUAAAUACUUCUCAAACUGGAUUAAUUACUUAAUAAGAGUUAUCAACUUAUUUAAAAGUAAAUAAAUAAGAUGUUUAAAAAUUAUGGCCUUAUAUUGAUUGUAAUAGCAAUGGAUACUUAGAUUAUUUUGAAUUUGUUGCUAUAACACUAACAUAAUAAGAAUUUAUAAAAUAAUUACAAUUUAUGUUCGACUUUUUGAGUUAGCAAGAUAAAUUCAUUUCAUAAAAGAGUAUCAAAUAUAUUUUCGAUUAAAAUGCUAACUUUAAUAGUAAAUGGGACAGCAUCUCAGAUACAAAAAAUCAUUUGGCUAUAGUGAACUAACAUGAAUAAUAAAUAAAUGUUAAAAAUAUAAUAGAAAAAGACAUGGAUUUCAAUGCCUUUAAAGCCAUAAUGUAGUGAA